AUGUCUGCUACGAUUAAGAAGCAUUACUACAACGUCGGGGUCUUGCUCUUCCAGGGGGCAGAUAUCCUUGACUUCGCAGGUCCAAUGGAAGUCUUAUCCCAUGUCUCGCAUAACCGAAAUCCAGAUGACCCCGAUCGAAUGUUCACUACCCAGACUAUUGCACGAAGCACUAAUAUUCGUGCUGCGAAUGCAUUGAGUGUACAGGUGGACACAAUUCUCGACCAUGCGCUGGAAAAUAUCUCCGAGUACGACAUUCUGGUCGUGCCAGGAGGACCGCCCUCUGUGCUACAACCCAUGGUCGAUGUCAAUCUGCCCGAGGUGGAGCUCAUCCGCAAGUUUGCGCGUCUACCCCGGACUUCUUUACAACGGCCGCGUUUGUUAUUCUCAAUUUGCACCGGUAGUUUCUUGCUUGGUGCCGCGGGUAUUUUGUCAGGUCUGACCGUCACUACUCACCAUCGAGCAAUUGAUAAUCUCCGGGAUAUAUGCCUCAAAUUUGGGGGAAGAAGUGACCCGUCAACAAACGUGGUGCAUAAGCGUUAUAUUGAUGGGGGAUACAUCAAAGGAGAUGCUGUGCAAGUCAUCACAGCCGGGGGUGUCAGCUCGGGCCUUGAUGCUAGCUUCUAUAUUGUCCGCCUGCUAACAACACCGGAGAUGGCCGCUUUCGUGUCUCGGCUGAUGGAGUAUGGUUGGACCGAAUCGGACAAGCGAUCCUAG